CUCAUCUCUUCUGCUCAUAUUCUGCUUCACUUCUUUUGCCUUGAGUGGCCACUGUCAACUGUUCAGACUUUCAGUCAACUGAGGAAACUGUUACUUUUUUUUUUACUGGAGUUGCGUGCUCGGUUAAGCUCUCUCACGAAACAAUCCUACUUCUAGUUUAGAGUAGCCAUUAUUACCUAAACAUACUCAUUUUUAUGGAUCCAGCCUUUGGAUGGAUACAGCCGGAGCAAUUCGGACCAGCUUAUGAAUUCUGGCAGAGAUUGUGGGAAAAAGAACAAAACUCCUUUGAAAAUCUUAACUCUCAAAUGAAUCACUCACCUAGUGAAGGACUCCCAUCUAGUGAGUCAUUCAUUUUGUUAGAAGACAAUGACUACACUAAAGGCUUAAAAAGGAAAAGAGAUGGUUCCAACAAAGCAAGUACAGCGAUUGGACUAAGUAAGCACAGAAGUAGACUAAUUGGAAAAUAUAAUGGGUGCCCUUGGCUUUUUCAUGGAAAACAUUAUGCAAAAGGAGUGUUAGGGCUUCAUGAAGAAAUUGAGGACUUCUUCCAAUAUAUGACACCAACUCCGCAAGAGCAUCAAGUCAGACUUGCCGUAGUUCACAGAAUCAUAGAUGUGAUAAUGAAAAUUUGGCCACAUGCAAGUGUUCAAAUUUUUGGUAGCUUUCAUACAGGGCUUUAUCUUCCUACAAGUGAUAUAGACCUUGUAGUGUUGGGGAAAUGGGACGUCCUUCCGCUUCGUACGUUAGAAAAGGUUUUGCUAGAAAAAGGGAUUGCUGACCGGAACACGUUGAAAGUUCUAGAUAAAGCUUCUGUGCCAAUAGUGAAGUUAACCGAUCGUGCUACCGAAGUCAAGGUCGAUAUCAGCUUUAAUAUGAGUAAUGGAGUGCGAAGUGCAGAAUUGAUUCGUCAUUUUAAGAGAUCGUAUCCAACCCUCCAACGCCUCGUGUUCGUCUUAAAGCAAUUUCUUUUACAACGUGACCUCAAUGAGGUGUUUACUGGAGGAAUCAGCUCAUAUAGUCUGAUUUUGAUGACAAUUAGUUUCCUUCAGUUGCAUCCUCGGCCUGAAGCAACUCAACCCACUGCAAAUCUGGGGGUCUUGUUAAUUGAAUUUUUAGAAUUAUAUGGUCGGCAUUUCAACUACCUUAAAACAGCUCUUAGGAUACGAGAUGGCGGUUCUUAUGUGCCCAAAGAUGAGAUUCAGAUCCACAUGUCAGAUGGAUAUCGUCCGUCACUUCUUUGUAUUGAGGAUCCCCUGAAUCCUUCCAAUGACAUCGGUCGCAGCUCUUAUGGCGCAUUGCACGUUAAAACAGCUUUCGAGUAUGCAUACGUCACCCUAACUCAGGCGGUACAUCCUCUCAGAGACGAUAUUAAUAAUCCUAACGUCCAAAGUAUUUUGGGUAGAAUAAUUCGAGUGACAGAUGAUGUCAUUGAUUACCGACGAUGGAUUCAGUGUAAUUUCCCGCUGUCUGUUGGACCAUCUAAUGGGCGUUUUUGCCCAUCUGUAUUGGAGACAUGUGAUCUGUCAGGUUCUCCUUCUCCACCUGAAGAACGUAAAAGCUCUAAGGCUCGUGUUUGAUGACCGACGGACGAUGAAAAAAUCGAAUACUGGAGUCAAAACCUAUUAAUGAAGGAUGAAAAACAAAAUAUACUUGAUGGAUCAUAUAAUACGUGCUCCGUGAAUUAUUUGUCUUCCGUUGUUCUAUCACGGUGCAGUAGUCAAUUCGCCUUUGUUUGUUUUUUCUUCCUACUUCUUUUUCCUCGAGCUGCCCUUUUCUGAUGUAAGCUAUGAACCAAACAGAACUAUGAUUGUUGCUCUGUGCUUUUUACGUCCGGGAUUUUGAAAUACACUGCACCUUUAAAUUUA